AUGGCAAUAGGAGUCUUUAUUGAAACUGGCUCACCUAAUGAUCUAUGUUCACAUCCAAUCUGGUACGGUCUUGGAGUCCUUUCAACUAUUGGUCUAACACUUUUCCAUGGAUGGUUAGGUUUUAGUUCUGGAUUGAUAUUAUGUAUCUUUAGUAUUAGUCAAUUGAAUAUCUUCAUUAGAUCUUUAUCAAACUUUUCUCGUCCCGGAGGUUGGACAUCUAUUGGACUUGGAUUUGGAAUUAGUUUUUUGAUUUAUGAUUUACUUGAACUUAUUCAUACUUUUACAGUUGCAUACGCAUUUGUACCUGGAGGAGAGAUUUUUAGAGAACAUACUCCAAUUGUCUUAGCAGUUGUGAUUGGAUUGAUUGGGAUUGGAUUUUUUGGAAAUCAAUACGAUAAGCGAAAAGAAGAAGAAAAUGAACUUGUAGAAGAGGACUUCGUUGAAAAAGGGUUGAUUAGGAAAGCCUUGGGUGCAUUGAUACUUGGGGCUGUUUUAGUGAUGUGGUUCAGGACCGUUUGGAAAGUUAAAGAGGUUUUACCUUAUCAUCCUGAAGAUAGAACCUUGAAAGCUGGUAUUUGGACGGUUCAUUUUGGUAUUGACAGUGGGAUGUGGGAAAGUCAAAGAAGGAUGAGAGAUAUCUUUCAAGAAUUGGAGUUAGAUGUCAUAGGACUUUUAGAGAGUGAUUUACAAAGGAUUGUGAUGGGAAAUCGAGAUUUGACUCAAUUUAUUGCUGAGGAUUUAGGAAUGUAUGUUGAUCUUGGACCUGGACCUAACAAACAUACCUGGGGAGCAGCUUUACUUUCGAAAUUCCCUAUUGUCAAUUCGACUCAUCAUUUAUUACCUUCACCCAAAGGUGAACUCGCACCUGCAAUACAUGCGACUUUAGAUGUAUUUGGCACAAUGAUAGAUGUGAUUGUUAGUCAUAAUGGACAAGAAGAAGAUCCAAAAGAUCGAGAAUUACAAUCAAUCGAAUUAGCAAGGAUCAUGAGAGAAGCAUAUCCUAGACCAUUUAUCUUUUUAGGAUAUGUAGUUAGUAAACCUCAUGCUCCUAGACCUGCUCCUUAUCAAAUCUUAGUAGAAGAUGGACAAAUGUUGGAUAUUGAAAGAUCAGAUUUUGAUCGAUGGUGUGACUAUAUCUUGUUUCGUGGGUUGAGACGAGUUGGCUAUGCUAGGGUGACAAGAGGAUCUAAACCUGCUGUAAGUGAUACAGAGAUUCAAGUUGGUAGUUUUCAAGUUCCACCAGAU